AUGGACCUACCCUCUAGCCAACAGCAGCAGGCCCGUCGGAGAAAUCUCCAACAUCUCUCGCUCGGCCCUCUGACCACUCGCCUCCCUCUGCGAGACGACUUGGACCUUGCGACCGAUCUUCUCACCACUGCUUCCACCCCGUCCUAUCUCCAGGGUCGCUCGGCUCCGGUCACGCCACGUCUGCUGUCCACAUCUCCGCCACCGCCUGGCUUAUCACGCUCCCGAUCACACGAUCACUCGUAUGCACGCACCAGCCGCGACGGUUUGUCCAAAAGCCUCUCCACCACCCACCUUUUCACCACCACCACCACUGCCCACCAUCACCAAAGACGCAGAGCACAGCCGUCCGAUCGGCCCUCCAACCGCGACUGGCUGUUGCGCGCCGGCGCCAUCGUCGCCAGCGAGACCCGCGAGUUCAAGGGCCAGACCUGGCUGGCCGCUCGCGCCAGCUCCACCAGUCUGACCGCCCUGCACGAUCACGACCACGACCAGGUCGGCUUGGCUGCGUCGCCACUCCGUGGCGCCAGCUGCGUCAGCAGCCGUCUGGCCAGCCGUGCACAUAGCCGUGCUGUUAGCCGCACCGCCAGCCGCGUCCGGCUACUCUCCGCCCUGGAUGACGACGACCACGUCGAUGGCCCCGACUUUGUCAACCUCGACGAUCGGCUCGAGGCCCUGCACCAAGACACCACUCUGGCGGACGAGGAGCACGUGCGACGCCUGGUACGGCGAGAGAAAGCCGCCGGUGGCGUCAUCGGCUCGUGGCUGGGCACCGUCUUUGGCUGGCCGCUCUUCUUCGUGCACGAUGACGACGAUGACGACGAUGACGAUGAUGACGAUGAUGACUCUCAGACAAACGACGACGACGACGACGAUAACGACGAUCUCGACGAACGAACCGCCUAUAUCGAUACGUACAGCACCGAUGAUGACAACGUCUCGCGUCCCCGCUGUCUCGAAGGCGAAUCAGCAACGGCACAGGAUUACGUGCCACCUCCUCCCCAGGCCGACGGAGGCGGAUGGCAUGAUGCGGCCUGGCUGUUGAACGUGGCGGCAAAGGUGCUCCUGUGA